AUGAGAUUGCUGUUGGCGCUUGCCGUGCUGAUUCAGUGCGCCGCUGCCCUGCGCUUCUACGUGCCGGCCAACGGGAAGCAGUGCCUGAAGGAGGAGAUUCACAAGAACAUCGUCGUCACCGGCGAGUACGAGAUCACCGAGGGCAUCGGCUACACGCAGAGCAUUCAUGUCACCGACACUCGCGGCCACACCCUCUACAAGCGCGAGAACUUCCAUGACACCAAGGGCAAAUUCGCCUUCACCACUGAAGAGUACGACAUCUUCGAGGUGUGCUUCACCAACACUGCCCCUCCAAACCAAGUGGGCGAGAAGCGCGAAUUCUCGCUGACGAUGAAGCACGGCGUCGAGGCCAAGAAUUACGACGAUAUCGCCAAGGCCGAGAAGCUGAAGCCGCUUGAGGUGGAAUUGCGACGACUCGAGGAUCUUUCCGAGGCUAUCGUCAAGGAUUUCGCCUUCAUGCGCCAGCGCGAAGAGGAGAUGCGCAACACCAAUGAAUCCACCAACUCGCGUGUGCUCUACCUGUCCAUCUUCUCGAUGCUGUGCUUACUCGGGUUGGCCAUGUGGCAGGUGCUCUUCCUCCGCAACUACUUCAAGGCCAAGAAGCUCAUCGAG